AUGGAAGAACUUAAGAACUCAUUGCAUCUCUUUACACAGUAUCUCUCCGGAUUUGGUUCAGAGUUCUCCUCGGAGGAUCCUCGCAAGCCUGGUGCCCUCCCCGAGGGUCAGAACAGUCCUCAGCGUUGUCCUUACGGGUUGUACGCUGAACAGCUUUCCGGGACUGCGUUUACUGCGCCGAGGCAUGAAAACAAGCGGUCUUGGUUAUACAGAAUUCGACCCUCAGUGAUUCACAAGCCAUUCCAAAAGUCUGAUGUCGCGAAAUAUCUUACCCAUAACUGGGACGAACAGGAACCCGAUCCUAACCAGUCUCGUUGGCUCCCAUUCGACCUUCCACCAUCGAACCAAUCGGUGGACUUCGUGGCUGGUCUCCACACUGUAUGUGGAGCUGGUGACCCUCGCUCCCGCAAUGGCCUGGCCAUACAUGUCUACUUGUGCAACACAUCUAUGAACAAAAGCGCGUUCUACAGCAGCGAUGGAGAUAUGCUUGUUGUUCCCCAGCAAGGGACUCUGAAGAUCACAACGGAAUUUGGGCGUAUGACGGUGGCUCCCAAUGAGAUAGCUGUCAUCCAGCUCGGCAUGAGGUUUGCAGUGGCUGUCGAUGGACCUUCCCGAGGGUAUAUUCUGGAGGUGUUUGACGGACACUUCAAGCUGCCAGAUCUUGGACCUAUCGGAGCUAAUGGACUUGCGAAUCCAAGAGACUUCCUCACUCCUGUUGCACACUAUGUCGACCAGGAAAUACCUGGCUUCAAAAUAAUAAACAAGUACCAAGGUUCCCUCUUCGUGGCGGAACAGAACCACUCGCCGUUCGACGUGGUAGCCUGGCAUGGGAACUAUGUCCCGUACAAGUAUGACUUGAGCCGGUUUAUGGUCAUCAAUGCGGUGCUUUAUGAUCAUUGCGACCCAUCAAUAUUCACAGUGCUGACUUGCCAGUCGACGAAGCCUGGCGUUGCCAUCGCCGACUUCGUGAUCUUCCCUCCGAGGUGGUCCGUGCAGGAGCACACAUUCAGACCACCGUACUAUCAUAGGAACUGUAUGAGUGAGUUCAUGGGUUUAAUCCUGGGUGCAUACGAAGCUAAGGAAGGUGGUUUCCUCCCUGGUGGAGCGUCUCUCCACUCCAUGAUGACUCCUCACGGACCUGAUGACAAAUGCUUCCAAGGUGCCUCUUAUGGAGAACUGGUUCCUCAGAAAAUUGCGGUUGAUACUCAGGCUUUCAUGUUCGAGUCUUCGCUAAGCUUGGCGAUAACUAAGUGGGGCGCCGAAACUUGUCAGAAACUAGACGCCAAAUAUUACGAGUGCUGGCAAAACUUACCCAAGCUUUUCUCAGAAAAUAUCAACAUUUAA